AUGUCUCGCAACGUUCGCAACAAGUCCUCUGUGGCUUCUCGCAAGGCGGCAAAGCGUCGCGACUCCAUCACAUCUUCCUCGUCUUUUGAUUUGUCCGAUGAUGGAGGCUACUCCGCAGUCGAAGAUAUUAGCGAUUCUUCUGACGAUGACGAGGAGGAUGUUGAUGCGGCCGAGGAGGAACAUAUCCUACACGAGGAUGACCACGCCGACUUCUUCCCUGACAUCUUUGUUGAUCAGAGCUCCCUCGAUCCGGCCUUCCGCCGCGAGAUCGAAAAUGAUGAUGAAAAUGACGAGUCUGAAAACUCAAACUCUUUUUGGGACUACCACGGCGACUACCACGGAGCCUAUGGAUACGCUCCUGACGCCGAAUCGGAUGUUGAGGCUGUGAUUCAGGAGCUCGGCGACGACGAUACGCCCAUCGCGACCCCUAUGACAGCUGGCGAAGUCUCUGAGAUACCCACUCCGGUCGCAGCUUUUGAGGAAACCCAAGAGCUAGACGGCUAUGAGACUGAUGGUGAUACCACUGAAGAAGAUGAGCCGGAACCUGUCGUCCGCCGCAAGAUAAAGCGUCCCGAGCCGCCCGUUGACCAGUGGGACGACUCCGACACGGACCUCCCGGUCAAGGGCGAACGCGGACAGCCACGUGUUGGUCGCUUCAACCUCGACAACUCUGAGCGAAAGCCCAUUGCUGUCGUUAAUCCCAUAUCCCGCAAGAUGAUGAUCUUUACUCCCCACCGUCGCCGCCAGCUUGAUCUGUCCCCUGAGCAGUUCAAUUUCCAGUACCUGGCUCCCAUUGAUGAGAACCAGAACUCCCCCAUGCUCAGCAGCUCUGCCCAGAUCAUGAUGAGCGCUAUGUUCUCGUCCAACACCUUUGGUGACUACCUCAAUACCCAAGCCAUGGGGCCUGCCGAGGCCUUCUUCCCUUUCCCCUCGGAACCCAACACUGCCGACGAGAGCUCGGAUGCCGGCUUUGACGAAGAGGAAGAAGACGAUGAGGUGGAGAAGUCACUUAACAUCAGCGACUUUAUUGAAUUUGACGAAAACCACUCCUCUGGCGAUGAAGACGAGGAAAACCAGUGGGACGGCGACCAUCUGGGCUCUACGCCUGCCCGGCCACGUACCGCCUCGAGCGAUGUGGACCUGCAUUCGCACAUCAACGCCAACAACGUGGGGGCUUUCCGUCGCGACCAGAUCAACCAGCGACUCAUUCUAAGCGACAAAGCCACACAGGACUCCCUCGCCCUCAGCAGUCCUUACAACUACACUGCUCUGCGCGGCCUCAAGUCGGACCGCUUCGAGACGGCGGCGGUUCCCCUGACACCCCUCCGGCGGUCUAAAAAACAGAUGCGUGACCUCGCCCGGAGCCCCCUCGAGUCCAUGUCGCAGAAACGCAAAGCAUCCAGCGAGAUACCCAUUGGCCAUAAGCGCCAUCGCAGCAUCUCGGACGUUAACUUGUUGCACAUCUAG